AUGUCCCUCAUCCUCAAAUUUGCAGCUCCAAACGUUGCUCGUCGAGCUGCCUUGUCGUCCCAGGUGGGCGUGAUGGGUUCGUAUUUUACGAAUUUCGCCGCACGACAUACAUUUCACCGAACUCGUCAUUUAGCCAAUCAUUCCUUCCAUACUUCGAGGAGUUUGAAGCAAGCCGAACAGAAGCAGACCUCUGUUGCUGCUGAAGCUAGCAGGGAACCCGCGCCCAGAUUGGCACAACAGGGUUCUAUGCAACUUAGUUUGGAGACCCCUCAGAAUAAAGCCGAAUAUGUGCUGUCGACUUUGGAUAAAGUGACUAACUGGGCCAGGCAGGGUUCUAUGUGGCCCAUGACUUUCGGUCUGGCCUGCUGUGCCGUGGAGAUGAUGCAUAUGGCUGCUGCCCGUUACGAUCAAGAUAGAUUGGGUGUUGUUUUCCGUGCCAGCCCCAGACAGAGCGAUAUUAUGAUUGUUGCCGGAACUCUCACCAACAAAAUGGCACCGGCUCUGCGAAAGGUUUACGAUCAAAUGCCAGAGCCUCGUUGGGUUAUUUCCAUGGGUUCAUGUGCUAAUGGCGGUGGUUAUUACCACUAUUCGUAUUCAGUCGUUCGUGGAUGCGACCGUAUCGUCCCUGUCGAUAUCUACGUUCCCGGGUGUCCUCCAACCGCAGAAGCGCUCCUAUAUGUUACAACGUAA